CUUUUUUGUAUCGAAGGAAUCAACAGCCGCCAUCUUGUUGUGGCUCGGAAUUGGGAUUUCGUUUCAACACGGGGUUUCACUCAGAAAUUAAACAUACAUCUUGGGACAUGACAGCGUCCUUUUAGCGAAAAUCAAAGCUUGAAAAUACAUAGAAGUGAUUUUAUGCGCAAAAACUGGAGCUAGCUUGGUAGUCGUCGGACAAAUAGGUCCGUAUAUGUCUGAUUUCCCCUUCUGAGUGUGGCGUUUCUGCUCGUGUCGCCUUUCAGGAGCAUUAUUAAUCGUUGGUAAGCUGAGGCCACGUCAUGACUUUAUGUAUCUAUAUGUAUGCUUUUUAAGACACAAACUGGUGUGCAUCUGUGCAUUUUGGGGGCGCUUUGCGCGAUUUUUGCAUGAAGACAUUUGACGUCACGCAAAAUGGGUACGUCGUUGAACAUCUAGCAAUUGCCCGUCUCCCGAAAUGCUGCAGUGUUGUACCUGAUUUUUUAAAUGGUCGUUUCGAAACGCGUCCUGUUCAUGGGGAUCGUUGUAGUUGGGGUUAUUUAAUGACAAUAAUGUGGGUGUUGGGUGUUGGAUUAACAUGGGGUGAAUGGCGGUGGCGAAGCGGGGCGCUAUUGCAUCUCUUUUGAACGGCUCUCUGACACAGCGAGGAGUUGCUAACAGUCAACUUAGCUGGAAGCAGCCAAUUAGCUAGCUGUUAGCCAGUUAGCGAACGCUAGCGGGCUGCCAGCUUGCUAAUGCGCUAACCGAAAAGGAGUUUUCGGGGGGGGAAAAAAGAAAACCCUACAGUUAGUCAACCUAAAAAUCUAGGCAGACGUGGAGGAGGUAUGGCUGAAAACUUACUCGAUCACGGACCUCCCAGCACCAAACGGCCGAAGCUGAAUUCACCUGCACUGUCAGCGUCUGAUGGACAAGAGCUCGGAUCGUUGUCCUGGGAUGAUUUGGAGAAUGACCUUCCUGAUGAAUUAAUUCCCAAUGGAGGGGAAUAUAGCCAUAUGGGUGGAGCUACUGGGCCAGGCGGCACCUCAGCUGGUCUGAGUGGGAAUGGUGGUGCCUCUAUUGUCCCAGAUGCUGCUGCAAAGCAUAAACAGCUCUCUGAACUUCUUCGGACGGGUAGCACAGCCAAUAUCACAGGCACUGGGCUCAGCUCUGGCAGCCCUCAACCUGGUGGUAUUGGGACACAGCUGGGAACACCGCUGGGUAAGAGCCCGCUUGGCCAGGGCUCUCCAAACAGCCACCCAUCACCCCAGGCCCAGAAGGCAGGAACACCUACUGGAGUAGCAGGGCAGAAUACCAGUAAUACCACUGCAACAAUGGGCUUGAGCACAACUGGUUUCACUCAGACUAUGAUAAACAAUAACCAGGGUCAUGCCGGACUCCACAACCAAGGGGGUCAGCCUCAACCUGGUCAAGUGAUAAAUGGCGGGAUUGUACCUGGGACCGGAAGAGGACGUGGUGCUGGAGUAGCAGGCAUGCAGUACCAGGGACAGACAUUACAGGCAACGGCACCAGGAGCAACUGGAAGUGCUUUGGCAGAAACACUCACUCAAGGGGGACAGCAGAUUGGAGCUCAUCCCACUCUUGGUGCUGCCCAGCAAGCAGGCAACAUGAACAAGCUGGGCUUGGGUAGCAACGGAGGUCCAUUUGGGGCUCAGUCGUAUGGUCAAGGUGCUGCGGGACCGGGCCAGCAGCUAACCUCUCAGCAGCUUCAGAGCAAGGCCGCUCUCGCCAACAGCCUGCCGCCGUUCCCUAAUGAAGUCAAAGGGGCCGCUGUCACCAACAUCCCAAAUAUGCAGCCACAGCAACAGGCAGCUAUGCUCCCACUGGCCAACAGCGGCGGAGUGGCGGUCCCUUCGGCGGGCCCAACGGCCGAUCCUGAGAAGCGCAAGCUGAUCCAGCAGCAGCUGGUCCUGCUGCUCCACGCACACAAGUGCCAGCGUCGGGAGCAGGCCAAUGGGGAGAUGAGAGCCUGUGCUCUGCCUCACUGCCGCACCAUGAAGAACGUCCUCAACCACAUGACGCAUUGUCAGGCUGGCAAAUCCUGCCAAGUGGCUCAUUGUGCAUCGUCCAGACAGAUCAUAUCCCAUUGGAAAAACUGCACACGGCACGACUGUCCUGUCUGCUUGCCCUUAAAGAACGCCAGCGACAAGCGCACCCAACAGCCUAUGGUGAGCUCCCCAAACCCAGGCCUUCCAAACCCCAUGUCCUCGGUUGGUGUGGGGCAGCCCAGCGCCCCUGCCAUCAAUACCUCAGCUCCAAUAGACCCCAGCUCCAUGCAGAGAGCCUACGCUGCCCUUGGUUUGCCCUAUAGCAGCACAGCCACCGGACAGAACCCAGCCCAGCAGGUCCCAGGACAAACGGCCGGUCCCCAGAGCUCCCAGCCUCAGCAGCAGCUUCAGCAGCAGAUGAGAUCCAUCAAUGCGAUUGGUAAUCAGAUUACUCUUGGAGGUGUGACCACGUCAGAACAGACCAAUCUGCUCACCGACUCUCUUCCCAACACACUUAACAAUCAGCUGCUGUCUGAUGGAUCGGCUGUGGGAACGAUGGGAAAUCUACCCACAGCAUCGCCCAUCGCCUCCACAGGCUCCAGGAAGGCCUGGCAUGAACACGUCACCCAGGACCUGCGCAAUCACCUCGUCCACAAACUAGUACAAGCCAUAUUUCCCACCCCGGAUCCGGCAGCUCUGAAGGACAGACGAAUGGAGAACCUGGUGGCUUAUGCCCGGAAGGUAGAAGGGGACAUGUACGAGUCCGCCAACAGCCGAGACGAGUACUAUCACUUCUUAGCUGAAAAAAUAUACAAAAUCCAAAAGGAACUGGAGGAGAAGAGGCGUUCAAGGUUACAAAAGCAGAUCAUCAAUCAGGCAUCAAUCACUCAGGGGACACAGCAACCCGGCGUUCCCCAAGCCCCUGCUUUGGGUGCAAGGCCGCAGAAUGGACCCGGUUCUCUACCAAACAUUCCAAAUCCAAUCAUAAAUCGCAUGCAGGUCUCACAAGGAGUUAACCAGUUCAACCACUUGGCCAUGACGAACCAGAUGACUCCGGCACAAAUGGGACCCCGAGCUGCCUCCCCAAUGAACCACCCACAGCAAAUGAACCUGAGCUCCGUUCCACAGAUGGGCAUGUCUCCCUCAAGAAUGCCUCAGGCCCAGGGCUUGAUGGCCGGACACAACAACAUGGUGGGGCAGACGGCCAGCCAGGGGCAGUUCAUGACUCAGACUCAGUUUCCUCCCGGAUCGGGGGCGUCGGGGGCCAUGAGCGUCGCUGCAGGGCCCGGUAUGGGCCAGCCGCCAGCACAGGCGGCCAUCACCCAGCAGCAGCAGCAGAGCGCUAACCUCCCCAUCAAUGCUCUUGGCCCCCCACUCAGCUCCCAGCUAGCCUCUUCCCAAACCCCCUUGCACUCCACACCUCCGCCAGCUGCCGGGGGGGCCACUAACCCGCCGCAUCCCCAACCCUCCAGUCGCAGCUCCACCCCCACCCUCCCCGGCUGCGCCCCAGCGCCGGUCCAGGGUGCCACCCCGCCCUGCCCCACUCAACCCCAACCCCAGGCGGAGCUCUCUGCAGCAGCACAGACGCAGCAGCCCCUACCACAGCCCCCCACCACGCCGCUGUCCCAGCCCGGGGCCAGCCUGGACAACCGCGUGCCCACGCCUGCCUCCGCGGCGAGCGCGGACCUCCACUCUCAGCACGCCGCGGCAGACUUACCUGUCCAGGAGGUCAAGACGGAAACGCAGCACGGACAGCAGGAGUUUGAGGCUGCUGGCAUGAAAACUGAAGCCAAAAUGGAGACUGAAGAUGACUCCACUUCAAGUUCCGUGAAAAAAGAAGAGCAGGAGGUGAAGGACGAGCAAAUGGAGGUGGAGGAGAAAAAGCUGGUGAUGAAGAAGGAGCCGAAAGACGAGGAGGAGAGUGGAAGUAACGGAACGAGCUCCUCCUCCCCCACCCAGUUCAGACGAAAAAUAUUUAAACCAGAGGAGCUGCGUCAGACUCUGAUGCCGACGCUGGAGUCUCUCUACAGGCAGGAUCCCGAGUCUCUGCCUUUCCGACAGCCUGUAGACCCCAUGCUGCUGGGUAUUCCUGACUACUUUGACAUAGUGAAGAACCCAAUAGACCUGUCCACAAUAAAGCGCAAGCUGGACACGGGGCAGUACCAAGAACCCUGGCAGUAUGUGGACGAUGUGUGGCUGAUGUUCAACAACGCCUGGCUCUACAACCGAAAGACCUCCCGGGUCUACAAGUACUGCUCCAAGCUGGCAGAAGUCUUCGAGUCGGAGAUCGACCCGGUCAUGCAAAGUCUGGGCUACUGCUGUGGAAGGAAGUACGAGUUCUCCCCUCAAACCCUCUGUUGCUAUGGAAAGCAGCUGUGCACCAUCCCCACUGGAGGCACCUACUACAGCUACCAGAACAGAUACCAUUUCUGUGAAAAAUGCUUCAAUGACAUCCAGGGGGACAGUGUGACUUUAGGAGACGAUCCUGCUCAACCACAGACGAUGAUAUCAAAGGAUCAGUUUGAACGUAAGAAGAACGAUGUGCUGGAUCCUGAACCUUUUGUUGAAUGUAAAGAUUGUGGACGAAAAAUGCACCAGAUCUGUGUAUUACACUACGAGGUGAUAUGGCCUUCCGGGUUCAUCUGUGAAAACUGUCUAAAGAAAAGUGGAAAAACUAAGAAGGAAAACAAGUUCACAGCAAAAAGACUGCAGUCGACAAGACUUGGAAUGCACAUAGAGGACCGCGUGAACAAAUAUCUGAAACGACAGAACCAUCCAGAGGCCGGAGAAGUCUUUGUCAGAGUGGUGGCGAGCUCUGACAAAACGGUGGAAGUCAAGCCGGGCAUGAAAGCCAGGUUUGUGGACACCGGGGAAAUGCCAGAGACCUUUCCUUAUCGAACCAAAGCACUUUUUGCCUUUGAGGAAAUUGACGGCGUGGACGUUUGCUUCUUCGGCAUGCACGUGCAGGAGUACGGCUCCGAAUGCUCGUUUCCCAACAACAGACGUGUCUACAUAUCCUACCUGGACAGCAUUCACUUCUUCAGACCUCGGAUUUUAAGGACUGCAGUCUACCAUGAGAUACUGAUCGGGUAUCUUGAAUACGUCAAAAAGCUGGGCUACGCUCAGGGCCACAUCUGGGCGUGUCCUCCCAGUGAGGGAGACGACUACAUCUUCCACUGCCACCCCCCCGAUCAGAAGAUCCCCAAGCCAAAGAGACUCCAGGAGUGGUACCGAAAGAUGCUGGACAAAGCCUUCGCAGAGAGGAUCCUUCAUGACUACAAGGACAUCUUCAAACAAGCAACCGAAGACCGACUUACUUCCGCCAACGAGCUGCCGUACUUUGAAGGCGACUUUUGGCCCAACGUUCUGGAGGAGAGCAUUAAGGAGCUGGAGCAGGAGGAGGAAGAGAGGAAGAAGGAGGAGAACACGGCUGCCUCUGAAAUGCCUGAGGGAACCCCGAGCGACAGCAAAAACGCUAAGAAGAAGAACAACAAGAAAACCAAUAAAAACAAGAGCAGCAUCAGCCGAGCCAACAAGAAGAAGCCCGGAAUGCCGAAUGUAGCCAACGACCUGUCCCAGAAGUUAUACGCCACGAUGGAGAAGCACAAAGAGGUGUUUUUUGUAAUCCAUCUCCACUCGGGUCCCAUGGUCAACACUUUGCCUCCCAUCGUUGACCCUGACCCCUUGAUUUCCUGUGACCUCAUGGACGGCCGCGAUGCCUUCCUGACUUUGGCGCGGGACAAACACUGGGAGUUCAGCUCGCUGCGGAGGUGCAAGUGGAGCACGAUGUGCAUGCUGGUUGAACUGCACAACCAAGGACAGGAUCGCUUCGUCUACACGUGUAAUGAGUGUAAGCACCAUGUGGAGACCCGCUGGCACUGCACCGUGUGUGAGGACUUUGAUCUUUGCAUUAACUGCUACAAUACGAAGGGCCACGAGCACCAGAUGGUGAAGUGGGGUCUCGGCCUUGACGAUGACAACAACGGACAGAGCGGCGAGGCCUCGAAGAGCCCGCAGGAGAGCCGGCGCCUCAGCAUCCAGCGCUGCAUCCAGUCCCUGGUCCACGCCUGCCAGUGUCGCAACGCCAACUGCUCUCUGCCCUCCUGUCAGAAGAUGAAGAGGGUGGUGCAGCACACCAAGGGCUGCAAGCGCAAGACCAACGGAGGCUGCCCCGUGUGCAAGCAGCUCAUCGCCCUGUGCUGCUACCACGCCAAGCACUGUCAGGAGAACAAGUGCCCCGUCCCGUUCUGCCUGAACAUCAAGCACAAGCUCCGCCAGCAGCAGAUCCAGCACAGACUCCAGCAGGCCCAGCUGAUGAGGAGAAGAAUGGCCACCAUGCAAGGCAGAACCAUGCCACUGCCGUCCCCACCCCCCUCCGCCGCUGCCCCCAGCACCCCCACUCCCCACGCCCAGCCCAACACUCCCCAAACACCUCAGCAGCCGCAGACCCCCAACUCAGCGGGCGUCCUGUCGCCGUCUUUCCCCAACGCGGCACGCACUGGUCAGCCUCCAGCUCCCGUCUCCCAGGGUAAGCCCGGACCCCACGCCUCCCCCCUGCAGCAGCAGCCGCCUGCCCUCCCCCAGGCACCCAUGCAGCCCAAGCAGCUGACUCAACAGCAGGCCCCUCCUGCUGCCGUCAAAAUGGCCAAACACAUAGAGAUGAUGGCGCAGGCGCAGCAGAACUACAGGUUCAACAUGAACGGCAUGCACAUGAGUCCUCAGCAGCGCAUGGCUGGACCCGCACAGCCAACCAUGCAGAUGGUGCCGGGGCCCCGCGGCCCACAGGUGGUGCAGUCCGGCAUGGCUGCGGGACUGUGGCCGGGGGCGGGGCCCAUGCAAGCUGCUCAGACUCCAACGUCGGGGCUGGUCAUCGGUCAGACUCCUCAGCAGGCGAUGGCCAUGCAGCGGCCCAUGAUGGCACCGCAGGCCCAGCAAGGCCAGAGGAUGCUGAUACCGCAGCAGCCCGGCGCCCGGCCGCAGACGCCACAGAGACCCGGCACCAUACCUCCCAAUGCCCUGCAGGACCUUCUGCGCACCCUCAAAUCGCCCAGCUCCCCUCAGCAGCAGCAGCAGGUCCUCAACAUCCUCAAGUCCAACCCUCAGCUGAUGGCCGCUUUCAUCAAGCAGCGCACAGCAAAGUACCACGCCAACCAGCCGCAGCAGCAGCAGGUGCAGCAGCAGCAGGUGCAGCCGGGUCAACAGCAGCAGCCUGGCAUGCAAACGAUGCAGACUAUGGCCAUGCCAGGGGGCCCGGGGCAGAGGCCUGGGAUGCCUCUGCAGCAGCAGCAGCCUGCUGUGCAGGGCAUGGCUCCAGGGCAGCUGAUCAAUGCAGCUCACAACAGCAGCCCCCAGAUCCAGGAGAUGUACCGUCGGCAGCUUCUGAAGCAGCAGCAGCAGCAGGGGGUGAUGCCUCAGGCUCAUCCUGGACAGUUCCCUGCUCAGGCACAGGGGGCCGCCAAUACAUACUCCCAGCUCCGCAUGCAGCAGCAGCAUCAGAUGAGCAUGCAGGGGGGCGCCGGGGCGGCCGGGGACCCCAUGGGGCAGCUCCCGCCCAUGAGCCAGCUGGGGCAGUCUGGCAUGGGGAUGGACUCCUCACAAAACUUGUUGCAUCAAAGAUUGCAGCAGCAGCAGGCUGUCCUCAAGCAGCAGAUGGGCUCCCCCGCCCAGCCCAGCCCCAUGAGCCCCCAGACCCACCUGCUGGCUACCCAGGCUCAGGGUACGGCGUGUCUUUCCGGGCAGCCGGCGCUAGCUAACGCCCUCAGCAACCAGGUCCAGUCUCCCUGUCCGCCGUCGCAGCAGCAGUCCCAGCCGCCACAUUCCAGCCCGUCUCCCCAGGUCCAGAACCAACCGCAGCCCUCUCCCCAGCACCCUCCUCGACACUCGAAUUCCCCCCAUCCAGGACUUGGCAGCUCGCUGCAGUCCAUGGAGCAGGCCCACUUGGGGACGCCGGAACAGAGCGCCAUGCUGCCACAGCUGAACACGCCCAACAGGGCGGGGCUGAGCAGUGACUUGGGAUUGGUGGGAGACGCUACGGGGGACACUCUGGAGAAGUUUGUGGAGGGGUUGUAGCUAAAGGACCCGCUCUCUUUCCCAGGGACCCCCCCCCCCCCCCCCCCCCGUCCCGGUUCUCCUGUUGGAGGGCUUCGUUCGUUCUUUCUAAAGUCGUAAACGGUUCUUUUGUACUGGUGUGUAAAAAGUUGAAGAUGUUGGAAAAGUUCCAUUUGGUCAAACAGAAAGCCAACAGUUUUAGGGAAUUCAAGCGUUUCCUGAUCCACACGGCUGUUUCUUUUCCUCCUUUGAAUGGUUCAGGAGUUUGUAGAGUUUGUUCUUUAAUAAAACCACAAAGAAUAUAUUUUUGGUUGAGACCAAAUGUGUUAAGUACUCACUGUAAUUUUGGUUUGUUUUUGGUAUAGUUUCAUGCCUUUAUCUCUCUUUUUUUUAAAGAAAUGUACAAUUGCAUUAUAUUAUUUGUAUCAUUUUUAUUUUGUACCUUUUGGAGAACAAAAGUGAUGCAUUUGUGUUGGACUAAACUAUUUUUGUCUGGGAGUUUGGCCAGGGUUUCCUUUUCACGAGCCGUUGUAAUCUGGAGGCGAUGCGUUCAGGGACCGCCCCUUCCCCGUUUGUGUGUAUGAAGGUCACUCACGUGUAUUCAAGUAGGAAAAGGCUUUUGUACUCACAGGCAUGUAUGCAGGCACACAUGAAGACACCGACAGAAAAACAGAAGCGACUCGGAACAAAGCAGCCGGCGGCGGCGGCGGACUGCAGCCGGCGGCGGCGGCGGACUGCAGCCGGCGGCGGCGGACUGCAGCCGGCACCUCCAUCUGUAGAAAGUUGUUGCUGUGACAUUAAAAUGAUUUUUGCCAUCUUUAUGGGUCAUACAGAUGUAAAGUGUAAAGAGAGUGUGAGAAAGAGGUUGACCCCCCCCAAGCUGAGGUGGAAUGACAGCAGGCGACAUCUCAAUGAUGCCCCAGUCCCUGAUAUUUACACUAAAUUGUACUUUAAGGGGCUGUGGGGAAUAUUUGAGUCUCCUCUAAGCAAACUUCAUCCUCGGUCCUCACAAAAACUUGAAACUGGGGAUUGGCUUUUUUCUCCUAUUGUAAAUCACGCUAAGCAAAUGACUAUAAAUAUAAGGAAGAUGGAAAGGAAUCACUGUACAAACUGGUAAGACUCAUUUCUUACUUCUAUACCAUAUUGUUAAAUAAAUUGUGUGCAACAGCAGGACUGCGGGACUCUGUUGACUGAACGAGG